GUGCAGAGGUUGUUUGAGGAGAUGGAGAUGACCUAUUAUGGGAAGCUCUGGCACCGGACAUGGCGGAAGGUUCGACUUUUUUCGAUUUUUCCGGGAUGCUAAAGCAAGAAAAAUGAAUGGCAAGAGUAGAGAAUAUAUCCAGCUAACGCGUUAACAUCACCGAUCCGGUUCGCCCCGCGAAUCAACGGUUUACGAUGCUGAACCGAAACGAACCGUUAAAAAAACUCGAUCUUGAUCGGUUUUAUGGUGGUUCCGGUUUGGGUCAGAAAGCCAGCGAACCGCCAGUUUGCAUAGCCGGCCGAACAAGUCCGUACUACAGAACACAAACGGACCUCAUAAAAUCGCACGAAGCCAUUUGGAUAAUCUUCGACCCUUUUUCCAAAGGGUUCCUUCCUUCCCAAAUGUGCUCUCAGCUGCUGCUGCUCAGCCCGCACCCUAAUUUGCUGUUCAUAACACCGUCGCCGCUCAGAAAUUCUCCGGAAAUCUUGAAACCUAAAUUGCAGUAUCGGGUCAAACCUCUAAUUCAGCGCACUGCAACUGCAAGCAACGAAAAUGCAUCUGGGGGUGCCAAAAACUGGGAAAAAUGGAUGCCGAGGAACCUGUUUGCUGCGGAGAAAGUGUUUGGAGCCAUAUCUGGGGCUACUUCCAGUCCCAUUGCGCAGUACAUAUCUUCUCCCACCACUUUCUUGCACAACGUGGACCCCCGAAUUAAGAUGGCAUGGCUACUUGCGUUGGUAAUUUUACCGGCGAAAUCAGAAAUUGCAAUACGUGUGGGAGUUGUACUCUAUCUAGCUAUGUUAUCUAUAUGGGUGCAGCCUACUGAAGUUUGGAAGGAUCAAUUGGGAAGAGUGACUUUACUCUGUGGUAUCUUGUUUAUUUUGUUGGGGUUGAGUACUGAUAGUGCGCCUUCUCUCUUGCGAUCGAGAAGCCCCCCACCAUCAUUAACUGGAUUGCCGGCUCUCCCUGCUUCCUUUGAAGGUUAUAAGUAUGUAGUGAUGAAGCUUGGGCCGUUGCAACUCACGAGAAAGGGCUUAUCUGCUGCUACUACUGCAGCUUGUUUAACUUUCACGAUCUUUCAAAGUGCUAGUCUCUGCUUGACAACCACAACACCGGAGCAGCUCGCAUUUGCCUUGCAAUGGUUUAUUCUCCCUUUGGCAAAUAUCGGCGCUCCCGUCGCUGAAAUCAUCCUUACGCUCCUACUUUCACUAAGAUUUAUUAAUCUGGUUUUCGAUGAGGUUCGUAAUGUUGCCCUAGGAAUUGUAUCUCGUCGCAUCAAAUGGGAGCAGCUGACGACAUUGGAGACAAUCGAUGUCUUCUUCACUUAUAUUCGCCGGAUCUUCAAAAACAUUUAUAACCACGCAGCCCAAAUCGCCCAGGCGAUGAUUGUGAGAGGUUUCCGAGGAGACUGCUGUGUGCACCGAGUUGUUUUGUCGGCUGGAACGUCUACGAGAAUGGCGAACAUUGUGGCUUCGGCGAGCCUCGUGGGUCUGAUAUGUGCUGCCAUUUUGUCCAAACACCUCUUCUACCUUUGAUCUCUUCUUCAUAGAAAACUAAUGUCUUUCUGUUCUGUCCUAAAGCUGUUGACAUUGUUAUUGUAAUCAUCUUAUGUUCCUUUUUUAGUCAUUUGCUUGCACCCCAUUUCUUUUAGAUUUUACUAUUUAUUGGGUUUGAAGGGUUUAUUUCUCUUUGAGAAAAAUUGGUUCGGAUUUGUUUGAUGGGAUGUUUUGUAUGGAAAAAAAAAAUACUAUCUCCGUCUGAUUUUAAAGUUCUAUUUAUUUUUCUCU